AUGAAUCAAGAUGCUGGGACGGUGGAAAGCAGACGCCUUGGCUUAGACGCGCACGGGGAGGCGAGGAAGUUCGUGCGACUGCUGCAGUGCUCGCAGUGCGCGAGGCCUUAUCGCUCGCCGGUCACAUUACCAUGCGGCAACUCGCUGUGUCGAGAGUGCCUGCCGGAGGCACAUGAGCGGGAAGGCAUAUCGUAUCCAGACAUACCCAAUCGACGGAAGGGCAUUCAGUGUCCGUUCCCGAGCUGCGAGCGAGAGCACUCGGCGUCGGAUUGCAAUGUCGACGUGGCGCUGAACAAGGUCAUGGAGGUGAUUGCGGAGGUGUUUGCAAGAUAUGAGAAUAUUAUUUCGAACAAGUUAAGAGCACAGGGAGACACGGACGUGCAGAUGCAAGAGCAGGUGUUGGGAGAGGUGCUUGAUGAGAAGGCCGAAUCGGAGACAUCACUACCACGGGGACGGCUGCUGGCAGCAUACAUAUUGGCUAUGCAAGGACAGCUGUCGCUGGAUAGUGAUACUAUCAAGUACGACUCGGGCACGGCAGCAGAAAGCGAGCGCUCUGCAGAUUUUACAAUGAUGCACGACAUCUCGGAUACGGCACUUCCACAGGUAGAUUGUCAGGUCUGCUACAACUUGAUGCUAGACCCAGUCACCACCUUCUGCGGCCACACAUUGUGCAGGGUAUGCAUGAGCCGAGUGCUGGAUCACUCGCUGCACUGCCCGAUCUGCAGGAGGGUGCUGGCUCUUCCACCCACGAUCGGACUGCAUCCCAACAACAAGACGCUGGUCGACUUGUCCAACACGCUAUGGCCGGACAUGGUCAAGGCGAGAAGAGAAACUGUCGCUGCAGAAGAACAGGAGAUCGCUCAAGGCGAUAUGAACACGCCGCUGUUCGUCUGCACUCUUGGCUUUCCCGAACAGCCUACAUUCCUACGGAUCUUCGAGCCUCGAUACCGGCUGAUGCUGCGGCGAUGUCUCGAAGGCUCACGAGAGUUCGGCAUCUUGAUGUACAACCGGUACAGCGAGCCGCAAGGAGAUCUGGGACCAGUGCACUUCUACCAAAUCGGGACCAUGCUCCGCAUCGUCCGCGCGCAACUCCUUGCCGACGGCACAAGUCUUGUCGAGACAGUAGGCACCGAGCGGUUCCGCGUCACUAGACACGGUGUUGCGGACGGUUACGCCAUCGGCAACGUCGAACUCAUCCACGACGUCAACCUGGCCGAAGAGGAGCGGAUAGAAGCAGCCGAGACCUCUCAGCCGCCACCAGCCGACGAGGAAGAUGUCCACGCGCAGAUUGCGCGCAUGCCAACAGUCGACCUUCUCCGAUUCGGCCAAGAGUUCGUGCGGCGCAUGCAAGGCCGAAGUGCGAAUUGGCUGCAGCAACGAGUCCUGGAUAUCCACGGUCAGCCUCCAGACGACGCGCGACUGUUUCCGUACUGGUUCGCGAGCGUGCUGCCCAUCAGUGAAGAGGAGAAGUACAAGCUGCUCGAUACGCGGACGGUGCGCGAUAGGUUGAAGAUCACAGCCGCGUGGAUCAAACGGAUCGAGUCUCAGCGAUGGUGA